GACAGCACCAUUACGGAGUCUUUCUUCGCUUCCGUCUAUAGUCUUAUGCCAAGUGUUAAACGGGUUGAAUUCUCCACUUCGAGACGGAGUAUUGCGUUGUAGAAAAAAGAGGGAACAAAGAAGCUGCCGUCGCCGGAAUUCCGUUGCAUUCCACCGGCAGGCCGUUUUUUUUUUUCACCGCCUUGGUAUGCAGGCUUUCUCACCUUAACUUUCAAGAUGGAACUUCAGAGUUGCAUGGAGUUGAAUGAGUCUCCACUGAUGCUUCCACCUCCACCUGGAACCUUUGUAGACCGUGAAGAGCUUAUCCAACAUGUUGGUGACUUUGCUGUAGCCCAGGGAUAUGUAGUAACUAUUAAACAGUCCAAGAGGGACAGAGUGGUGGUCCUUGGCUGUGACAGGGGAGGUGUUUAUCGUAACAGACGGAAAGCUGUUAAUGAGUCCUUGGCUGAACAGGCCCGCAAAAGAAAAACAGGUUCUCGGUUAACAAAUUGUCCUUUUGAGGCUGUGGGUAAGAAGGAUGAUGGCUUGUGGGUACUUACCAUUAAAAAUGGAACACACAACCAUGAACCCUUGAAGGACAUUUCAGAACAUCCUUCUGCUCGUCGCUUGACAGAGAGAGAAGUUUUGCUAAUUAAAGAGAUGACAGAAGCUGGCUUAAGACCUCGCCAAAUAUUAAAGAGACUAAGACAAAGCAAUCCCGAGCUUUUAUCGACUCCAAAGCAUGUUUACAAUGUCAAAGCUAAACUUCGACAAGGAAAUAUGACUGUGAGGAACUUUAAGUCUUUGAGGCCUCAGAAAUCUGCCGUUAGGAACAACGAUACUGCAGUUAUUGAGCCAUCCUGGAAGCAAAGAAACCCUCCGCGGGUUCCAAAUCUCAUUGGAGGUAGAUUUAUUGAUUCACAGUCAUUUCCCUCUAUUAAUGUUCUAAACCCUGCAACACAGGAAGUUGUAUCUCAAGUUCCUUUAACAACAAUUGAGGAGUUCAAAACUGCCAUAUUUUCAGCAAAGCGUUCAUUUCCACUGUGGCGAAACACACCAAUUACCACUCGUCAACGCAUUAUGUUCAAAUUUCAAGAGCUUAUUCGGAGAGACAUUGAUAAGCUUGCUAUGUGCAUUACUAUGGAACAUGGCAAAACAUUGAGCGAUGCAUAUGGUGAUGUGUUACGUGGGCUAGAGGUGGUAGAACACGCUUGUGGACUGGCAACUCUGCAAAUGGGAGAGUUUGUUUCAAAUGUAACUAAUGGAAUUGAUACAUACAGCAUUAGAGAGCCACUUGGUGUUUGUGCCGGGAUUUGCCCUUUUGACUUCCCAGCUAUGAUUCCCUUAUGGAUGUUUCCUAUUGCUGUCACAUGUGGCAAUACUUUUAUUCUAAAGCCAUCAGAGAAGGAUCCAGGGGCUUCUGUGAUGUUGGCUGAGUUAGCAAUUGAGGCUGGUUUGCCUGAUGGCGUCUUAAAUAUUGUUCAUGGCACUAAUGACAUUGUCAAUGCUAUUUGUGAUGAUGACGAUAUUAAAGCUAUCUCAUUUGUUGGACCAAAUACAGCUGGUGCUUAUAUAUAUGCAAGAGCAUCAGCUAAGGGGAAACGGAUUCAGUCCAAUGUUGGAGCCAAAAAUCAUGCAGUUAUUAUGCCUGAUGCAAGCAUGGAUGCUACCUUAAAUACUCUAGUUGCUGCUGGUUUUGGUGCUGCAGGACAAAAGUGCAUGGCACUCAGCACAGUUGUAUUUGUUGGAGGCUUAAAUCCAUGGGAACACAAACUAGUGGAGCGUGCCAAAGCACUUAAUGUUAAUGCUGGAACAGAGGCUGAUGUAGACCUUGGUCCAGUGAUAAGCAAGCAGGCAAGGGAGCAAAUCUGCAGAUUGAUCCAAUCAAGCAUUGAUAGUGGUGCAAAAAUGGUACUUGAUGGAAGAAAUCUUGUGGUUCCAGGAUUUGAGGAUGGCAACUUCAUUGGUCCCACCAUCUUAUCUGGUGUCACGACAAACAUGGAAAGCUAUAAGGAAGAAAUUUUUGGACCAGUUCUACUCUGUAUGCAGGCUGCAAACCUUGAAGAGGCCAUAGCCAUUGUUAACAGAAAUAAAUAUGGCAAUGGAGCUUCGAUAUUUACUACAUCUGGUGUGGCAGCGAGGAAAUUCCAAGCUGAGAUUGAAGUCGGACAGGUUGGCAUAAAUGUUCCUAUUCCGGUCCCACUGCCCUUUUCUUCGUUUACUAGCUCCAGACCAUCCUUCGCUGGUGAUCUCAAUUUCGAUGGCAAGGCUGGAAUUCAGUUUUAUACUCAGAUUAAGACUGUUACUCAACAAUGGAAGGAUUUGCUAGACAGCGAUGGAGCAUCCCUCGAAAUGCCAAAUCUAUAGAUAUUAGAUGUUAUUUCCGUAUUGAAAAUUUUGUAGAUUUUUUUUUUUUUUAAUAAAUUUUUUCCUCUCUCUAGAUGAGCUUAGUCUGGAAUGUAUAUUUAGAAACUGUUAAUUAAUGUUUAUUCUAUUCUGAGCAUAGCUGUUUAGGCUUGUAUUAGAGCAUAGCUGUUUAGGCUUGUAUUAGGUUUUGGGCCUUUGGCCUCCCUUUGUAACGUAAUGGAAAAUGUCGAUAUCUUCUGAUUUACUUGUU